GCCAACGGGAGAGGCGGCGACAGCAGCAGCGGCGGCGGCGGCGGCGGCGGGAGCAGCGCGCGCGCCUGCCUGGAUCCUGGUCGCGAGGAGGAGGCGGCGGAGGAGGAUGUGGCGCGCGGAGGGGAAAUGGCCGCCGAAAACAAGCCGGAAGAAAAGAGAAAUCUUAAGUGCCAAAGGGAAAACCCUUGGAUUUGGGCGUUAUCGCUUUGAUUUUGCAAACCUGCAAAAUUAUGCCGACGAAACGGCUCUCCUGGAGGAGCUGAGCGAUGAUCAUGGGAACAGCAACGGAAGUCAUGUAAAAAUCUUUUUACCGAAAAAGCUCCUUGAAUGUCUGCCAAAAUGUUCCAGUUUACCAAAAGAGAGACACCGUUGGAACACAAAUGAGGUAGCUAAGACAAAACUUUUUUUUUUUUUUGUCAUUUCACUGCCUGGUGUGUUGAAACCGUACACUUAACUGGAGUCAAAAAUCACGGCCAGAAAUGUUCAGUCGCCCUCCGUUUGCUGCUGAUUUUGCCAAUUUGGUUCCUUAGAUAACAGGGAAACGAUUUACUGUGAAUUUUGAAAGAGGCAGAACGUAGCAUCUCCCUUCCUUCCGUUGGUUGGUAUAGCUCGCAUGUUGAUUCUUUUGCAGGUGCAGCUAAAAUCUGUACGGUGGAUGUUUGUACAUGUCAGAAAUGCAUGAAAAAUGUAGCUUUGGUGCAGCCUUAC